GAGGCUGCGGCCAGCCCCGCACCGGCACCGGGACCCGCGGCGACACCGGCACCGGGGCCGGCACCGGCAUCCGCACCGGGACUCGCACCGGCACGGGGAUCCGCAGCGGCACCGGGACCCGCCGCCGAGACCGGGACCCGCACUGACACCGGCACCGGGACCCGAUUGACACCGGCACCGGGACCGGGACCCGCCGCCGGCACCGAGACCCGCACUGACACCGGCACCGGGACCCGCGCGGGCACCGGGACCGGGACCCACCCCGGGACCCGCACCGGCAUCGGGACCGACCCCGACCCCGGGCAGCAUCCCGGCCGUCGUGCGGCGGGCACGGGGCCCCGAUCAGCCCCGGUGCCCGGCCAUGCGGUGAGGGGCGCCGUGCCCGGCCCCGGUACCGGCGGGGCGGGCUCCCUCCUCCCUGCAGCCCCUCCGUCCUGCGGGAGAUUUGCGGCUUUCAGGGUCAAAAAGCCCUCAAAAACAACGCCCUCCCCCCAAAUCCCAGGAAAGCCGGCCUGGAGAGGAAUUGCCAAAGCCCCGGGAGCACCGGGAGCCUGGGCUGGGUUUGGGGUCAGUGAUCGGCUUUUUCCCUGCGCCCACCGGGAAUUCCCGGGGGGUUCGAGCCACAGGAACCCCGAGAAAACUCGCUGUGGAUUUAUUUCCUUGCUGGCAGCCGGAUCUUUUCCUCCCGGGAAGGAAAACAGCCGGAGCGGCAUCCCGGCGAGAUAAAACCUGCGUGGCCAUGGCAGAGCCAGGCUGUGGGGCCAGCCGGGCUCCGCGUCCCACCGGAGCGAGGGGAACACCGCUGCCUUGAUUGGGGGAUGUUGGUUUUAUCCCGGGGAUUGGGAUCGCGGGGGGCCCUCGGCCGCACGGACUUUGGCGUCCCCUCGUAGGGGGUUUCUUCUCCAGGUUUUUUUUUUUUAUUACUUCCCUGAGAAACCAGGCCAAGGUUUUUCCCACAGUUUUAUCCCGGUCCUGAGCGACCUCGCGGUAUCGCUGUGGGGUUUGUUUUGGGUUGGGUUAAGACGAGUCCCGCGCCCCCUGCUCCGAGGCCGGCCAUGGCGUUGAAAGCCAGAGCGCUUUAUAACUUCCAGAGUGAAAACAAAGAGGAGAUCAGCAUCCAGGAGAACGAGGAACUCGUCAUCUUCAGCGAGAACUCCUUAGACGGGUGGUUACAGGGCCAAAACAGCCGUGGGGAGACCGGCCUCUUCCCUGCUUCCUACGUCGAGAUCCUCCGCUCCCGCUCGGGCUCCAACUACACGGACUAUUCCAGCAGCCCGGCCGGCUCUCCCAGGCACGACUCCUCCUUCUACACGGCUCCCCCCAACCCCGGCAUCUCCUACCAGGGCAGUUUUGAGGAUGAUGAUGAUGAUGAUUGGGAUGACUGGGAUGAUACUUCCACGGUGGUGGAGGAGCCGCAGAGCGCGCCGGGCACCAAUGGGCACCCUUCACCCAGCCUGCAGUACCCAGCGGCCUACGGCCACCACCAGCACGCCGGUUACCGUCCCAAGCCGGCGCUGGAAAGGCAGGACAGCAUGAGCUCCUCCAAGAGGGGCAGUGUGGUAGGGAGGAACCUCAACCGCUUCUCCUGCUUUGUCCGCUCAGGGGUGGAAGCCUUCAUCCUUGGUGACGUGCCCUUGAUGUCCAAGAUCGCUGAGGUGUAUUGCAUCGAGAUGGGCUCCAAAGGUCCCCAGUGGAGAGCAAACCCCCACCCCUUCAUCUGCUCCGUGGAGGACCCAACCAAGCAAACCAAGUUCAAGGGUAUCAAGAGCUACAUCUCCUACAAGCUGACCCCCAGCAACAUCAACUCCCCUGUCUACCGGCGGUACAAGCACUUUGACUGGCUCUACAACCGCCUCCUGCACAAGUUCACGGUCAUCUCAGUGCCCCACCUGCCUGAGAAGCAGGCCACCGGGCGCUUCGAGGAGGACUUCAUCGAGAAGCGCAAGCGGCGGCUGAUCCUGUGGAUGGACCAUAUGACCAGCCACCCCGUCCUCUCUCAGUACGAGGGCUUCCAGCACUUCCUCUGCUGCCGUGACGAGAAGCAGUGGAAGCUGGGCAAACGCCGGGCGGAGAAGGAUGAGAUGGUGGGUGCCAGUUUCCUCCUCACCAUCCAGAUCCCCACAGAGCACCAGGACCUGCAGGAUGUGGAGGACCGCGUAGAUGCCUUCAAGGCCUUCAGCAAGAAGAUGGAUGACAGUGUCCUGCAGCUGACCAAUGUGGCCUCGGAGCUGGUGCGCAAGCACGUGGGGGGCUUCCGGAAGGAGUUCCAGAAGCUGGGCAAUGCUUUCCAAGCCAUCAGCCACUCUUUCCAGAUGGACCCCCCAUACAGCUUGGACGCCCUCAACAAUGCCAUCUCCCACACAGGCAAGACGUAUGAGACUGUGGGGGAGAUGUUUGCUGAGCAGCCCAAGAAUGAUCUGUUCCUCAUGCUGGACACUCUCUCUUUGUACCAAGGGCUCCUCUCUAACUUCCCAGACAUCAUCCACCUCCAAAAAGGCGCCUUCGCGAAGGUGAAGGAAAGCCAGCGGAUGAGUGAUGAGGGCCGAAUGGACCAGGAGGAAGCGGACGGGAUCCGCAAGCGCUGCCGCGUGGUGGGCUUCGCCCUGCAAGCCGAGAUGACCCACUUCCAUGAGCGGCGUGUGGCUGACUUCAAGAGGAUGAUGCAGUCUUACUUAAAACAGCAGAUCAUCUUCUACCAGCGCGUCAGCCAGCAGCUGGAGAAGACGUUACGCAUGUACGACAACCUCUAACACCUCUGCUUGCCACCCACACACUUCUCUAUCCGCAGCCUUGCAGACCUCCUCUGUUUGGGAUGCUGGGAACGAAUGGGAACUGAUGACGCUAGUGACCAAAUAACAUCGGGCUUUCUUCUUCUUCCCCGGAUGGGCAGGCUGUGAUCCUGCAGGGAAUGGUUUGCCCGCGGGCUGGCCGUGCCACCUCUUUCCCUGGGGAUUUUCCACCCUGCUGCGGGUCUGGCAGGGGUGCAGGGGGGGUCACGAGAGAGACAGGCGUGGAAGGAAUGAUGCUGCUCUCUCUCCCAGUGAUUUUAGCGUUCUCCAUCCAGAGAGAUGGGGGCAUCCCAGCCCGCUGGGCGAAGAAAUCAAAAGCAGUCGACAUUUUGCACAUAAAAAGCUUUCCUGAUGGAAAAAAAAAAAAAAAAAAAGAGAAGACGAAGAUCUUUAUUUGGAAGGGAAUUAUUUUUUUUCUUUGUCACAAGAUAUUUUCAAUAUUUGCCAUUUUUCGCCAACGUUUCUGCAGCAUUUUUACUGAUUCAUUUUUAAACAGACGCACAGAGGCAAAGGGAAAUCCUCUUUCUCUGGCAUGGCUGUUGACUGGGGAAAGGGAGGAGGAAAAAAAGCCCCACAGCCUUUUCAAUAAAAUUACCCGUA